AUGAUCAGGAAAGCCCACCGACUGGAAGAUACAGCGAAGGACCUCGAGGCAGGAAGCGGCAUCAACGCCCCCACAGUAGACGCCUACACAACAACAACCAAGUGGACGGCAAAGAAUUCCAGAACCUCGAACCCGAGACACCGACACGAGGCGGUCUUCAAAACGUCUCUCGAAGGCGGGAAGGUCGACCCCCGCCAGAGAGGAUUCUACAGUCGGCUACGCGAAUAUCUCGAGAGUUCUUGGCGUCUCCCUGGAAGUCUGUUCGUCACGACGAAAGCGUCCCUGUAA